AUGGAUAAGUUGACAAAUAUCAUCUCCUUAGCCCAGUUCAUCUGCAACCAGUGUGAAGAGAUGAAAUACUGUAAGAGACAGUGCCAGCGUCUAAAGGACCGUGUCCAUGGCCUGGUCCAGCCUCUUAAGGAGCUUCAGGAAAAAAAAAACAGUGAAGUGUCCUCUGAGAAGCUAACCACCACCUUGAACCGUUUUGAGGAUGCCCUCGAGAAGGCUAAGAAGAAGAUAGAAGAGUACGGCAAUAAAUCUAACAUCUUGAAGUUUCUAACAGCAGGCCAUGACAAAAUACUCUUCAGGGAUGUGAACGAGCAGCUGGAUGAUGUCCGGGGGGAGCUCUUGCUGCUACUUAUGGUUUGUCAACCAAAGCCUGGAGACUCCUGGCAAAAGGAAGAUCAGGAGGAUGCAGCAGAAGACAAGCGAACCUUCCAAAGGCUGAGACGGGGAAAUGAGAGUAUAGAUGCUACAUUCAGGCGGUUGGAUGUCCACGUAAAAGAAAUAGAGAAAAUCAAGGAAGACUUGAGGCAAUACAUAGCACAAAAACCUGUGCAGAAAAUCCCACAAUAUCAAAUCAAGGAGAUUAAGAAGGAGCACCUUUUAGGAUCUUCCUGGACCAUGCUGAGGAAAAAUGAAUUUAGCACACUUUAUAAAGCAGAAUAUCACAAAUCUCUAGUGGCCAUAAAAGAAUUCAAGACCUCCAAGGACAGCAGCAGUGAAAUAGUGAAGGAAACUUUCAAAAAUGAGAUCAGGACCAUGAAGAAAUUUGAUUCUCCCAACAUUCUACGGAUAUUUGGGAUUUGCAUUGAUGAAACAGAGACUCCACCUCAAUACUUCAUGGUCAUGGAGUACUGUGAAUUUGGGACCUUGAGGGAACUGUUGGAUAAGAAAAAGUCUCUUGAAUUCGCUGAACGCAUCGCCCUCGUUCUGGGGGCAGCCCAAGGCUUGUACAGGCUACACCAUUCAGAAACGCCUGAACUCCACAGAAAUAUCAACAGCACGAGCUUCCUGGUCGCUGAAGGCUACAAAGUGAAGCUUGCAGGAUUUGAGUUGAGCAAAACACAGACAUCCAUCAAUCGGGAGAUUAAACAAAAAAAGGCAAAGAAUGUCAACUCUUCAGCAUAUAUCUCCCCUCAGGGACUGGAAAAUGUGUUUCAUAAAUAUGACAUAAAAGCUGAAAUAUACAGCUUUGGAAUUGUCCUCUGGGAAAUUGCCACUGGGAAGAUCCCGUUUAAAGGCUAUAAUUCUAAGAAUAUUCACCAGCUGGUGGCUGUGGACCGGCAGCAAGAGCCACUGGGUGAUGACUGCCCUCCAGAGCUGCAGGAGAUCAUUGAUGACUGCCGGGCCUAUGAGCCCUCUGCGCGGCCCUCCGUGGAUGAAAUCUUAAAGAAACUGUCUGUCUUUACUGGCAACCAGAAUGAAAACCAAGAGUGCCUGAACUAG